AUGGAGAAGAGCUCCAGCUGCGAGAGCCUGGGCUCCCAGCCCGCGGCGGCGCGGCCGCCCAGCGUGGACUCACUGUCCAGUGCCUCUACCUCUCAUUCGGACCAUUCAGUACAUUUAAAAUCAGCUUCUGUCAUAUCAUCGGAUUCUAUUUCAACUUCUGCAGAGAACUUUUCUCCUGACCUGAGGGUCCUAAGGGAGACUAACAAAUUAGCAGAAAUGGAAGAACCACCUUUGCUUCCAGGAGAAAAUAUUAAAGACAUGGCCAAAGAUGUUACUUAUAUAUGCCCAUUCACUGGGGCUGUACGAGGAACUUUGACUGUUACAAAUUACCGCUUAUAUUUCAAAAGCAUGGAAAGGGAUCCUCCAUUUGUUUUAGAUGCUUCACUUGGUGUGAUCAGUAGAGUAGAAAAAAUUGGUGGUGCUUCUAGUCGAGGUGAAAAUUCUUAUGGACUGGAAACUAUGUGCAAGGAUAUUCGGAAUUUACGGUUUGCUCAUAAACCAGAAGGACGAACUAGAAGAUCCAUAUUUGAGAAUCUAAUGAAAUAUGCAUUUCCUGUGUCCAAUAACUUGCCUCUUUUUGCAUUUGAAUACAAAGAGGUAUUUUCAGAAAAUGGAUGGAAAUUGUAUGACCCUUUUUUGGAAUACCGAAGGCAGGGAAUUCCCAAUGAAAGUUGGAGAAUUACAAAGAUUAAUGAACGUUAUGAGUUAUGUGAUACAUAUCCCUCCCUCCUGGUUGUGCCAGCAAAUAUUCCAGAUGAGGAACUGAAGAGAGUGGCAUCUUUCAGAUCAAGGGGCCGUAUCCCAGUUUUAUCAUGGAUUCAUCCGGAAAGCCAAGCAACAAUCACACGAUGUAGCCAGCCCAUGGUUGGAGUGAGUGGAAAGAGAAGCAAAGAGGAUGAAAAAUAUCUUCAGGCUAUCAUGGAUUCUAAUGCCCAGUCCCAUAAAAUCUUCAUUUUUGAUGCACGACCCAGUGUUAAUGCUGUUGCUAAUAAGGCUAAGGGUGGUGGUUAUGAGAGUGAGGAUGCUUAUCAGAACGCAGAACUAGUUUUUCUGGAUAUCCACAAUAUUCAUGUCAUGAGAGAAUCAUUAAGAAAACUAAAAGAGAUCGUGUACCCAAACAUUGAGGAAACUCAUUGGCUAUCUAACUUGGAAUCUACUCAUUGGCUAGAACAUAUUAAGCUCAUUCUUGCUGGGGCUCUUAGGAUUGCUGACAAGGUGGAGUCAGGGAAAACUUCUGUGGUGGUGCACUGCAGUGAUGGGUGGGAUCGAACUGCUCAGCUCACCUCCUUGGCUAUGCUUAUGCUGGACGGUUAUUAUCGAACCAUCAGAGGAUUUGAAAUUCUUGUGGAAAAAGAGUGGUUGAGCUUUGGACACCGAUUUCAACUAAGAAUUGGCCAUGGAGAUAAGAACCAUGCAGAUGCAGACAGAUCACCUGUUUUCCUUCAGUUUAUUGACUGUGUCUGGCAGAUGACAAGACAGUUUCCCACAGCAUUUGAAUUCAACGAGUAUUUUCUGAUUACCAUUUUGGACCACCUGUACAGCUGUUUAUUUGGGACAUUCCUUUGUAGCAGUGAGCAGCAGAGAGGAAAAGAGAAUCUCCCCAAAAGAACUGUAUCACUGUGGUCCUAUAUAAAUAGCCAGCUUGAAGACUUCACUAAUCCCCUGUAUGUGAGCUACUCCAAUCAUGUCCUUUAUCCAGUAGCUAGCAUGCGCCACCUAGAGCUUUGGGUGGGAUAUUACAUCAGAUGGAACCCACGGAUGAAGCCACAGGAGCCUAUCCAUAAUCGAUAUAAAGAACUUCUUGCUAAACGAGCAGAGCUUCAAAAGAAGGUGGAGGAACUACAAAGAGAGAUCUCUAGUCGCUCAGCCUCAUCCUCAGAAAGGGCCAGUUCUCCUGCACAAUGUGCCACUCCAGUCCAAACUGUCGUAUAAAAAGAAAGACUCUUCUUUUUGGCAAGGAGGAACUUUUAUCACUGAUUCCUUUAUCACGGCAGCUUUCCUAGUAGAAUGUCUUCUGAAUUUAGAACCCAUCUGAGAGAGCUCUCAGCCACUUUAUUUAUUAUGCUUCUCUCUAGGGUGAAUUAGUACUUUAGUACUACAAGUAUCUUAUUUAAAAUAACCCCCCCUAUGCAAUUACUUGAUUAUGUUCUGAUAACACUAAUUCCACCAAGACACCUACAGGCUAUUAGAAUGCUCACCCCUGGAUCCAGAAUGGGAACAAGUUUGUUUUUAAUAGGAAAAUACUGCUUUGGAAAUUCAACAUUAUCUAGUGGAAAUAGUAUAAAAGUUGUCAUUAGUGCACCCAACUGAAUGGGGCAAAAGUAGCCUAUUACAGAGAAUAAUCACUUCAUAAGAAUAUCAAGUGAAUACAGACUUUAAUGGCAUCACGGGGCUGGUGACACAGACAUUAAGUGAUAGGCCACAUAACUCCAACUUUGUGAGUUUUUCCUGUCAGCUAUAGUUGGCUUGUCCUUUUCUCUUGAUCUCUUCCCUUGCCCAUAUUUUUUAUACUAUGAAAGACCAAGUUUUGAGGCUGUUAUGGGGUGGUGACAGCCACAGAUUAUUAAACAUUAUCAUUGUGUAAGAUUUAUCACGGUUCUAAAAUGAGGCCUUAUAGAAAAUAUGUGGACUCUAAAGUUCAGUUAACUGACAACUCUUCGAGUUUUACUUCAUUUACCCACAUCUACCAGUUUUAUUAACUAUGCCAGAAGUAGGAUCACAAGAAGAUUAAGCUGUUUGGAUUUUGAAAACACAAAUCUAUCCCGCUUUGGUUCUGAUACUAAUUUUUGUGUCAGAGGCAUUAUCAAGGUAACUGGUAGGUAUAAAGCUACAGUCUGAAAUUCUUGCUAGGACUGACACACGGCUGCCCUCCCCCCUCCCUCUCCGGUUUUAUGUACAAAUAGUUUGUGAGAUCAGCAAUAUACUCCAAAGUUUAUACCAAGUACUUUACUACUUUUCCCCUUAAUGAAUCCAGUAAUUCUACUGAAUGAUUAAACCUACCAACCAAAGAAACUGUUGCAUGUAAAAACAUGUAUUUAUUACAAUCUCAAUGUAAGUAGAUGUAACCUUGAUUUCUUACUUGGCUAUAGUAAGAUUUCAGCACUGGCAUAAAUAUAUGACUGCCUGCUGUCUACUUUACUAAGAGCCAUGUAUAAUGUAAUGUACUGUAACAAAAAUAAGCUUGUUGCUCCUUGGGUCUUUAAUUAAAAUAAUUCAACUGACUUUUAAACUUUG